UGCGCAGGUUUGAAGCGACAGCUGGACUCUCUGGGCACUGUGACCGCAGAGCGUUCGCCACCUGAGCUGCUCACGCGGGCAGCACUGCCCUCGCUCCGGGACCACAUCACGUUGUCGGACGGCCUUUCGCGCACCCGAUUCGGUUCGCUCUUUCCCUUCCUGUCCAGCUACGACCUCGACUCCAUGCCCUUCGUCAUCGACGACCUGUGUAAACCAAUCGUGUUGGUGCGAGUGAUUGACCCGCGGCUGAUGUUCCGACCAAUGCCGGUGAUGGUCUAUGGCAGCCAGGCCUUCUGCGACCUCACUCAAUACCACCUGGGGUUUAUGGUGAUGAAGAUAUUCCUGGCCUCGCCGGCCAACAUCGACCUGAUCUCGCGGCACAUGCAGAGCAACAGGUCGGUGCUGGGCGUGGGGGAGAUACUGCACAUGCUAUCGACGCUACGAGCGAAGGACGGCACGCUCUACACCGCCCACAUGCGCAACCAGCCCUUCUUCGACUCGAACGGGAAGGUGCGAGCCACCCACUAG